CAUAUCCAUGAGACCAUGAAGAAUAUUCUCCAUGCUCAUAUCAUUUCGCAUACCCUUUCCUACUUCUAAGAAUAAAAUGGACAGACGCAACUAAAAACUGAACUGAGAAUAAAAAAAACUUCAGUUCAUUACUUCAUUUCAGUGAAAAUUAUUUCUGAAUAAUGUUCGUUACUUUCUCAUUCAGUGAACUCGAUCAAAAUUAAAUAUCCACUUGAGUAAACAGAACAAACUUCAAUAUUUCUUUGUAGUAUACAUUAUAUUUAUUUAUAUGUAUUUUUUUGCCGCCGGUUUUAGGAUUUGCAUGAAACCAUUUUGAGAAGCUAAAAAUAAUAUAGGAAUUCUCUACAUUUCACAGAAUUUUCAAACAUAUUAAACAACCAUGAAGCUGCUGUCACCCAUUGGGUAUUUUAUAUUACCUUACCGUUGCUUGACAUCGAAAUCACCUAGAGUUAGAUUUGCUCCAAGUCCUACUGGCUACCUUCAUUUAGGUGGUUUGCGCACUGCACUAUAUAACAAAUUAUUUGCAAAAUCACAUAAAGGUUCGCUUAUUCUUCGAAUAGAGGACACUGAUCAGACACGUAAAGUUGGAGGCUCUGUUGAUGCUCUAGUCCAUGAUUUACAAUGGGCUGGCAUCCAAUGUGAUGAAGGCCCUGGCAUUGGUGGUAAACAUGGCCCAUAUAUUCAAAGCGAACGACUUGAAAUUUACCAGAAAUACAUCAGUAAACUCCUUGACAAUGGAACAGCAUACAGGUGUUUCUGUACAGAACGUAGAUUAAACUUGCUGCGUAGAGAUGCAAUGAGAACACAUAGUAUACCAAAAUAUGAUAACAGAUGUCGUAAUCUAUCAUUUGGAGAAGUCAAGGAAAAACUGAAGGCAGGGACUCCAAACUGUAUCAGAUUCAAGCUGACAUCGGACUGUCAGUACUUUGAGGAUUUGAUCUUUGGUGGCAUUGCGUACGACGUCUCUCUCAACGAAGGAGACCCGGUGUUGAUGAAAUCUGAUGGCUUCCCGACUUAUCACUUUGCUAACGUUGUUGAUGACUAUCUGAUGGGAAUAUCUCAUGUGCUGAGGGGCGUCGAGUGGCAAAUUUCUACGACCAAACAUCUGUUAAUUUACAAGGCAUUUGGAUGGAAACCUCCCAAGUUUGGUCAUUUACCUCUCAUAGUGAAUGCCGACGGUACCAAACUGAGCAAACGGCAAAGUGAUGUAAAAGUGGAGGAUUACAGGCGGAAAGGAGUUUAUCCGCUGGCGCUGGUGAACUACAUCACGCUAUCCGGCGGCGGGUUCGACCACGUACCGGGCGCCGGGAUCAGGCUCAAAUCAAUGGAGGAGCUGGCGGAAGAAUUUCAGUUACAAAAAAUAUCAUCACAUCCUAGCCGCCUCAACCCAGAAUUACUUGACGAAUGUAACAAACUUGAGAUUAGACGCCGUUUACGCGACGAGAAGGAGUCCCGAGCCCUCGUAGCUACGUUACAACAACUAGUCAAGUGUUCGUAUCCCGAGCAGAAGUUGAACGUGAGCAGUGAUCAUGUCAGAGCAGUUCUGGAAUGGGCGACCACUAGGAUCAGCAGGCUCGAAGAGCUCGUGUCGGACAAAUAUGGAUUCCUAUGGAUUCUUCCAUCAAACACUGAUAAAGCUGAAAUUAAUAAGGAACUACUUGAACAGUUAAUACCCGUUUUAGAAUCUUUAUCAAAUUAUGAUCAAAUACAUAUAAAACAAUAUCUAAGAGAAUUUUGUACCAAAAAUAAUGUUAAGUUUCCAAUUGUUAUGAAAAUGCUCAGAUCAGUCCUCAGCGGUCUUGCCGAAGGUCCCGGCGUAGCUGAAAUGAUGCAGCUGCUUGGUAAACAGCAAUCCUUGUUAAGAAUAAAAACAUAUAUUAAGUGA